AUGGCCGAGACAGAAGGCCAGACAGACCCUAAGACGACAGUCACCCUACUACUGCUUGGAGAUCCGGGAUGUGGGAAGUCAACAUUUUUAACUCGCCUGAAAAAUGGCAGACAGCCGGCAGCUGCAGAACGAGGCAGUGCCGCUGCUUCCAAUAAUAAUACUGUACUGCUACGAGACAGUGACCAGCCCUUCAUCUACGACAUCCGGUUCUCCAAGAAAAGCUUCACGCUAGAGCUCUACGACACAUCAAGCCCCAACCAGCAUUGGUCAACUCUGCGACCUGAUGUCGUGGUUCUGGCGUUCGACAUCUCCAACCGAGAGACCUUGGCCCGUCUUAAAGGGUGGCGAAAUGAUAUCACUCGAUACUUUCAGCAGGGGCACGGCGAGCGUUUGCCCGUGAUGAUGCUAGGGUUAAAAAGAGACCUGAGGCGAGAAGGCGAAGGAAUCAUCUAUCCGCAAGAGACCUACCGCAUUGCCCAGGAGCUGCGCUGUGAUAGGUACGCCGAGUGUUCGGCCAUCACGGGGGAGUUGCUUGCGGAGACCUUUGAAGACCUCGCAAGAUUGGCGGGGAUGACGACCACCGACAAAGGUGGGCAGACUGCUGGCGGCUGCAAUAUUCUUUGA